AUGGACAAAAUAUUACAUAAGAACAAGCUUUCUUUUGUAUGUUUAAACAAAAGAUUUUACAUAACGAAAUCAAGUGAAGUAAUUAAAGUAAAAAGUAAUAAUAGUAAUAAUAUUAAUAAGAAAAAAACACGAUUUAAAAAUAUAUAUAUAGAUUUUUCUUUAAAUAAAUAUAUAAACAUCAAUAGCUUAAAUGUAGAUAAGUUUAUAAAAACACCCAUACACUAUCAAUCAUUUCGAGAAUUAGUUGACACCUUAAAAUGUGCAAGUAAUGUAAGAUUACAAAAUAUACAUUUAGUUCGGAAAAUAUUAAACUCAUUAGAAAUAUAUAUAAUAAAUUAUUUAAACAAUCGGGAUUUAUACAACGAGUUCAAUAGGUGUAAUGAAGACCUUUUGAAUAUGAAUGAAAAUGAUGAUGGCGAAAAUGCGAUUGUUCCAAAUAACAUAGUAACGAUAUUAAUAAGUUUAUAUAAGCUGAAAUAUAGAAAUGUGAAUUUUUUAAAGUUGGUCGAAAAUUAUAUUUUUAUAAAUAAAAACAAGUUUAAAAUAUCUCAUAUACAUUUAAUAUUAUAUAUAUAUGCAUAUUUUAAUAGAGUUAAUAAAAAAUUUAUAAAUUCUUUACUUGUUAUAAUUUUAAAUAACCAAAAUAUAUUAAAUUCGGAUAAUAUAUUGAAUAUAUACACGUCUUUAUUUUAUUUAAAUUGUAAAAAUGAGACAACUUUACAAUCGUUGUCAAAUUAUAUUAUAUCAAAUAAAUUAAAUUUUGACAUUAAUGCUAUUAUUUUUCUAUUGAAUAAUUUAAAGAAGUUAAACUGUGCUAAUACUGAUCUUUUAGAAUAUUUUAGCCAUCAUAUAAUUUUAAAGUUAGAUCUAUUGAUCCCCCAAGGGAAUAUCGAAUAUGUGGACUCGUUUUUUUUAAAACGAAAUAUUCAAAAUGCGUUAAAUGAAAAUUAUGAUAAAAUAAGCAAAAACGAUGAUGUUAAAAGAAAUAAUAUACACUCCCAAAAUAAUAAAUUAUCAACAAAUUUAGACAAAUCAAUAGAUGGAUACGGAUCAUUACAUAAUAAAUAUAUUAUGGAAAAUAAAUAUGUAGAUUACAUAUAUGAAUAUUACAAUAAGAAAGAUAUAGAAGAUAAAAACAAAAAUAAAAUAAACUUACUAAUGGAAGUUUUGAUUUAUUAUAAAUACUUUAAAGAAGAUAUAUUAAAAGCUGUAUAUGAAUAUUUGUUAAAUAAUCUAAAAAAAUUUAAUAAUGAAGACAUUUAUCAGAUUUUAUCCAAUUUAUAUUUAUUUAAAAUAAAUAAUUAUGAAUAUAUUAAAUUGUUAAAUAAAAAAUUUCUUUUAAGUAUGUGUCAUUAUUAUGUUCCAUUUUAUAACAAGUCUAAUAUGAUUGUUUUUUUAUUUUUAAAAAUGUUACUUGAAAAAAAUAAUUAUUGUAACAUUUUUAUUGAUCAAAUAUUAUUAUAUAAAAUCAAGGAAAAAAUACUUACACUAAAUAAAGAGGAGUUUUUGGCUUUUCUCAAUAAUCAUAAAAAUACCAAUGUUAUAAAAUAUUUGUGUGAUAUUUCUUUAAUUUAUUAUGAUUUUUUAUCACCACACACAAAAUUAAGAACAGCAUUUGAUUCCAAUGAUGAAUGUUAUAACACUCAUUCUAUGGGCCAAACUAACUAUACUGUAAACUUUGACAGAAUUAUAAAAAACAAUGAAGAACAAAACGAAGUGAAAAAGAACGAAUAUUUUUUAAAAUUAGGAUUGACGAAAUACUACAAGAAUCCUAAUGAUGUUAAUAUAUUGAAUACACCAAAAAUUAAUAGCAGCAAACAAAAUUCCAAUGCAUCAUAUAUAUUAUAUGAAUUUAACGAAAGAAACAAAUUACAAUCCUAUGAUGAAAAAUAUUUAUUAGAUCUUUUUUAUUUCUAUGUUGAAAUUGAAUAUUAUGAAGGAAUAUUUUUAUUUUUAAAAAGUUUAUUUAAUGGUGUGAAAUGUUUAAAAAAAUUUGAUCCUUAUAUUUAUUGUAAUUAUGAAAAUUAUUAUUCGAAGGAUGAAAAAGAGAAAUGGGAAGAAAAAAAUAAAUUUUUAAAAAAUAUAGACAAGGAAAAUAAUAUUUUUAAAAAAUUCAAUGCAUUAAAUAUUAUACAUAUUUAUGAAUAUUUUAAAACUGUAUUUUUGUCUUAUGACGAUUUUGUUUCAAAAAAUAAAAAAUUAAUAAACUCGGAUUAUAAGAAGAGCUUGCAUUAUUUUUAUUUAAGUAACUGCAUAAAUUCUGAAUGUGUAAAUUUGGAUAAUACUUUUUCACCAAAUGAUGAAAGGAAAUGUAGCUUUUAUAACAAUAGUGGAAAUAAUAUUAGCAAUAAUUAUAAUUACCACGAUGCAGAAAUAAAGCACUUUAGAUCUAGGAAUAACAAAUAUUUAUUAACCAAUUCAAAGAUAAAUUAUAUUAGCCAUAAAAAUAGGAAUGAGGAAGCUAGUUAUUUUGGAGGGAAUAAGAUAGCGGAGAAUAAUUUCAAAUUAUAUGAAAUACCCACAAAAUCUGUAACCAAAAAUAAUUCUUAUAAUAUUGAGGAAAAUAAAUUUGGAAUGAACAAUAUUGAUAAAUACUAUAAAAACAAUGAGAGUAUAAACAGCAGUGAGGUAUUAUUUGACCGUGACAUUUUUAAUAUAAAUAAUUAUAUUUAUAAUACUUUAAAUAAUAUAUUUAUAUAUACCCCAGUAAAUUUAUAUGCGUUAUACACUCAUUUCUUUGAUUCGAGAAAUAUAUUUUUAUUGUUAGAAAAUAUUGUUUUCAAGCUAAAUUAUGCAACUGCAAAUUUGUUAUCUUUAGUAAUUGUAAAAAUAUUUCAAUUAUUAAAUAAUGAAGCUUCAGAAGAAAAAGUAAAAAAAAAAUAUAUAUUUUUUUUAAAUUUGUUCCAUGAAUAUUUAUUAGGAAAUGAAAUUAAUAAUGAAAAAUUUGAAUAUAAAAAUGUAUAUAAUGAUAAUAUCGACGGAUGCUAUAAUUUGAAUUGGGAAGACAAGAGACUAAUAAUAGAUCACAUUUAUCAAAAUUGUAUAAAAAAAGAUAAAGAAAUACCAGAAAAUAUUAAAAAACAUAUUGCUUAUAUAUUGUAUAAAAAUAAAAAACAUUCAAAAUAUGUAAAUAAUGACAUAAUUUUGAAUGAAAAUUUUUUAAGUUAUUUUUGUGAAUAUAUUUUAAAAAAUGAAAAUACACUGCACACCCAAAAAACAAACUUUAUCAAAUGUUUUUAUUAUACUAUGCCAAAUAAAUCUCUAUAUCUUAUAUUGAACUCUUUGUAUUUUGGGAAGAAAAAUCGCAAAUAUAUUCAAUGUUUAGAAGUGAUAACAAAUAUAUUUAUUUGUAGAUAUAUUCAAUAUAAAUAUAAUAGAAAUGAACGUAGUACAGAAAUAAUGAGGAAAUCCAAACAAGAAACUGGAAAUGAAGAAAAAAUAAAAAGGGCUGAUGAUAAAAGUAAUAAAUAUGAUUAUUUAGGAACAGAUAAUGAUAUAAAUGAUGUUGAUAUACAUGAAAGAAAUAUGUUCCCUUCUAAUUUUAGCGCGGAUUCAAAUAAUUUCGAUUUUAGUGAAUAUUCUUCUUAUGACGAAAAAAAUAAAAAAGAUGCUUGUUCCAAUGAUAUUACUAAUGGAAUAAAUGAUAGUAAUGAAUAUACAAACGUAGAACAAGUUGAAGAUAAUAAUAAUGAUGAAACAAAAAUCUAUAUGCAAGCAUAUUAUUCAAUAGUAAAAGUUCGAUAUUUUCAUGAAAUUCCAAUAAAUAAGCAUAUAUUUCGUGAAUUAUGCAUAAACAUAGAUUAUAUUGAUAAGAAAAAAUUCAUUAAAUUCCUUUUCUUUUUAUAUAAAUAUAAUUUUGGAGAAAUAAAAUAUAUUUUAAUGUUACAAAAAAAAUGUGCUUUAUAUAUGGACCUAUACUAUGCGCAUUCAAGUUGUCGAAUUAUCGAGUUUCUUUGUAAAAAAUUAAAUAUUAGUAUCGAUGAAAAUCCCAAAUUUGUACCAACAAAGCAAACAUCUUAUGACUAUGAGAAUAAGUGA